AUGGUUGACCCAACUAUGAACGUGAGGCAGGGCUCACCCCUGCGGUGCUGCAACCCGAGAGAAUUCCGCCAGAACGCUUCACCGGUGUUCAGGCAGCAGUUCGUCAGCGAGAACGGCAAGAUGAAGCUCACGAUGCCCAUGUCACCGUUGCACUACAUUACCACAUCUGGGUAUUACGCCAACGACCUCAGACUGGCCCACCAAAACGCGCAAAUAGAUAUGCAAAAAUGCCAGCAGUCGGUGCCAUACCCAGUGGUAUACGAGCAGCAAUCGAUGCAAAUGGGCGCCCGAGGGGCCGUUGAGGGAUACUACGCCCAACGAAUGGAAAGCAUGGGCAGCAGGUCGCCCACUCCGAACAUGCAAGUCCUUAUCCAACAACCGCAGGAAUACCGACGCGCAUCAGUGCAAUUAGGAAGUGUUCACAGCAUGGGUAUAGAACAUACGGCCAAAGUUAACGUUGUCCAGAAGAGCCAGAAUGUGGAACUGACGGAUUUAUUAACUGUUCUGAUCCGCAUCGAGAAAAAACUGGAUGAUCUGCAAAUACUUUGCAAGUCCAAAGCGACUGAUAUCCACAAAAAGAACGCAAUAUUGAUGCCGAAAACAGGGGAUAAACUUACCUCUCAACUGCAGGGGCCCUGCAGCGAACAGUUACUUCAACAUAUCAAACAGAGUUCAUUGGCAAAAAUGAGCAGUAAACUAUCAGUUAGCUCGGAGACAUUGUCAAAAGCUAGCUCGGGGAAACAUUCAGCAGACAGCUUGUGCGAAAGGCCUAUUAAGCAAAUGUCACUGCCAUCCAUAACGCAAGAAUUUACCAAUAACGAAGAAUCCGGGAGCAAAGUCUUCGACGUCUCUAAGGAACUCCGAAAGUCCAACGACAUGUUAGAGCAAUUCUUGGCCAGUGCGGGAUCGAUAGGAGAUGUAGACGAUCAGGAGGGAGCCUUGCAGCACGAGAACCUAAAACUCUCACAAGCCAUACAGGACAUGCAAGCGGGCCAAAACGCGCCACAGGAGAUAUGUGAUCAAGAAGACGAUGUGCCGUUGAGGCCAGGAAAUAAUACACGAAAUUACAGUUCUGCCAAGCCCAUCGUCUCCACGGUCUCCAUGGCCUUGGAAGAUGCGGAAAAGGAUUCCAUGCAAAACCUCGAGAAAAGAUUCCAGAUGCUCAUCAGAACGUUUGAAAACAACAGAGGCGAUAACGCAUGGCUUCUCGAACAGAAAAGAGCAUUCGAAGCUCAAGGUGGAAAUGCUAUUGAGAACGGACAAGUCUCGGCCUUAAGUCCACAGGAACUGCCGGCCAUCACCGGUGGAGGUUACGACGAACCAGAUGAUGCGGAUAUUGGUGAAAUUGCCAUCAGGGAGAAUGAAGGCGAAUUAGCCACACGAGAAGCGGAUAUUCGUAGCAAUGCAUCAGCCCUGCAAACACAAAAUAUACAAUUCCCGGCAACCAUUCCGAGAGAAAAUGCAGCGCUUAUUGACCAACCACAAUACGAUGGGACACUCGUGGUACCAGGGGAAAGGGGAUUAAUUCCCAUUCAGCAACGCCAACAAGAUGGAACUCUAGUCAUUCCAGGAGAAAGGGGAUUAAUUCCCAUUCAGCAACUUCAACAAGAUGGAACUCUAGUUAUUCCAGGGGAAAGAGGACUUGCUCCUAUUCAACAAGCACAAUACGAUGGAACUCUAGUUAUUCCAGGGGAAAGAGGACUUGCUCCUAUUCAACAAGCACAAUACGAUGGGACACUGGUUAUCCCUGGAGAGAGAGGAAUAGCGCCGAUACAGCAGCGCCAGCAGGACGGGACACUUGUGGUACCAGGGGAGAGGGGGUUAGCUCUAAAUCAACAAACGCGUAGGACGAGCCAGGAGUACCAAGCAGAACUUCAGGCUGAGCAAGCGCUCAGAAACCAAUUCUCAAAGAAUGGCGGAAGCAGCAUCGAAGGAAGUAAUUUGGUUGCAAAAUCGUCGCAUGGGAAAAUGGAGUCACAAAGCCUUACUUGUUCGGUGCUAGCGGAAGAAUGUAGUCGGCAGAGUUCCCUGGAACGUGUAGAUUCGAUUAGGGAUCUUAACACCUAA